AUGGACGGUGGGACCAAAGUUCAGAGAGUGCCACUGGAUGAAUAUCUCAGCGAUUUGCGGAGCUCCGCACAAACGCUCACUUGUGGGUACACGCACCAAGCGCUGGAUGAUGAACUUCAAUACCAGAGCUACCUAAAGGAAAAAAUAGACUUGGUGCAAGACAGCCCAGCAUCAAACAACCUUGCUGUCGAAAGCGAACUUCGCGACAUUUCAAAUAUUAUCGAUGUUAAUCAAGAGUGUUUACAUUACCUUGGAGGCAUCACGAGUUUGGAGGAUUUUUAUUCAGAUAUCACAGCAUUUAACACAAAGCGUGCUCUGGCCUUGGUAUCCCAACGGAUGGGUGCAAAAUUUUGGAAAAGGAAAUUAUCCGGUAACGUGAAAAGAGCCUGGCAAAAUCUUGGACGGUACUCAGAGCUGGUCACCCUGCAUUUGAAACAUGCCGCUGACUUUCAUCAACUCUAUUAUGACGCCAGACAGAUAGAGAUGCAGCUGAAUGAAAGGUGCCGAAAAUUCAUACGUUCCAAAAAGCAGUACAAUUGGAACCGAUGCACUGGGUCGGUGGUGGAAGCCCGUGAAUUGGCCAACCUGUUAAAAGCUGAUUAUGAACAUUUGAAUCACCUGGCCGCCAAAGCAGGAGAAAUUCUGGAUCGAUCUUCUACAAUUGUUCCAAUACAUCUUCGGCAUGCGAAGUUAGAACACCCCGUUAAGGGUAUCAUGCUUUGUGACUAUGAGACUCCAAUGUUCAAACUCUGUGCCGGAGAUGAAGUGUUGGUACGCACCUCGUCAAACGAGGUGGGAGAAGGUCAUCCUGACGUGAAUGAAGUCGCGACCAAUGGGACAUCCACGGUAAGCGAAUCGGUACACGACGAAGAGUCAGGUGAUUUGACACAUCAGAAACCAGAACGCCUCCAAGAGAGAAUGGCAAAGACCCCAUCCCGUCCAUUCGGUUGGGAGAGAGAGGAGUCAACAACGGUCACCAGUGACUCGAACACCGGUGUCAGUGCUUCCUACCUCACAGGCUCAUCGCAUAGGAAGCCGACGGCGGAUAAGUUGCAUUGGUUUGUGCGCACUCCGGACGGUUAUGUGGAGAGUCGAGUACCUGCGGUGUGCGUGCUGAUCCCUGGACCAGACACAGACGCUUGUCAGCGAGCCAUCGCUCUCAAUCGGGUUCUCUUGGCUGCAUGGAAAGACAUAAUUGACGAAAGACUGGCAGUUUGCCUAGAAUUCUUCCGGAGAUUUCUACAACAGCUUUGCGACAGUGAGUGCAUCGUCACUGCGAAUGACGAAGAGUUCAAGCAACUGCUGCACGAGCUGAUCUAUUCUCUCAGCCUGCCUCCAACAGCAGAAGGUGAAACAGCGAACCGAGAAUUUCUCAGCUUGAUUGAACAAACCCAGACUCAUUGGGAGAAGACGAGACGAGCCGAUCUGUCAGAAUCCACAAAUGGAGUGCAUUUGGGACUAACUGAUAUUGCGGCUUUUCACAGUGUUCUAGUGUGGAUGAAGAUCAACAUGAAGGCUAACAGGGAAUAUGAGGAAAAAAUGCACUCACCAGCUGACGUCCGACAGGCAAUGGAGCAAUACAGCACAGAUACCUUUCGAAUAACUGAGGCAAUCGAGUUGCUCAGUGAAACUAUCAAGAAGGACCGGCGGAAGGUUGACGAACUCUUGCAGCAGCUUCGGUUCUGGAAUCAAACUGCUUCAACAGAGCUCUCUGAGGUAUUGACGCCAUCAUUGGAUGACUCAAGGGAGCUUCUCAUCAGCUCUGGUUCAGAAGUCUCCGAUUCAGAUUUUUCUGACUUGGGAACAGAAACAGAAAUCACCAGUUCCCCAGCAUAUUCAGAAGUGAUAUUCAGAAGCGAUCGAUACGCGUUUUACACAAAACAACUAUACACGAAUGGAGGAAAUUUUCUGCCGGCUAUUUUCACGCAUGAUGAGCAGACGCUUACCAAUUCGAUUUACAGCGAUGGCUACAGCACUUCAGAAACCGAAAAUGACUUAAGUGAAGAGGAGCCGCUUCCUUUUGUGGAACUAGAUAAAAAUUUGAAAGAGAUUGCCGGCGAAGAAGUGAGUGAAAUGCAAGCCGGAGGUGUCAUACCUUCAAAGCGGCCAACCAGAUUCGUGAGCACCACAAACCUUGACAUGAAUGUGAUGAUCGAACGUGAACUAGACACUCAGCGCAACCGUCACAGGUGUUACAGAAGUCGGCGACAUCUGGAAGCACCGGCAGCUCAGGCAAACUAUUCUGUUGUGUACAUUGAGGUUACAAGGGAUGAACAGAGGGAUACAGUUACAGAACAAAUUGGUGGAAAUCACCGUAGCAAGGAAACUCAAACCGAACAAAGAGUAGCUGCGCCGAAAACGUUGAAAAUGAAGGAGCUAACUGAGGUCGAGGAGGAGGACAAAACUGUCAUAAGAAAAAAGGAAAUCAAAACACUUACGUCUGUCAAAAGACAAACAAACGAGGUCUCAGCACAAGCAAAGCCAUUGUACGUAGACAGGGCAACAGAUGUGCAAAUCAGCUUACAAGAGACAAUGGUACAGGAUACAAGAAGCAUUCCUUGUACCAGAGUUUGGUGGCGAAGUAAACAGAAACAAAACUUGCAUCAGGAAAGUAGAGAGAAGACCGCAGAUGUUCGAAGAAGGAGAUCAGCAAGCUGGGAUAUCACGCACGAUACUGAAGCGGGCCACGAUCAUUGGCGUCUGACUAAAAGUGAAGAAAGGAAAUUUUCAGCAACACGGAAUGAAGUACACAGAAAAUUAAAAAACUACGUAGACAAAGUAGCAAUGUACAAAACGCGUGAGACAAAAGCAAAAGAGGAAAAGCAAGCAGAAAAAGAAGGAGCAAGGAAACCAGAAGAACAAAAAGUUACAAAAUGGACAGCGCAAGAAGAAAGAACCCCAAAAAAGAAGGCAGACACAAAAGACAAUCAAACAAGUACACAAAUAGAAAAGCCCACACUAGACAUGGCAACACAAACGCAAGCAUACACAAAGAUUGAAGCGGUGCAAGUAUCAAGCGAACCAAAAGAAAAGAAAAGUAGAACAGAGCAAAGAAUACUGGAUUUGACAAAGGAAAAAGACGAUAAAGAGAGAAAAGACGAAGAAAAAAGAACGACGGAAAAAAGCGAGGAAGAAAGAAAGCAAAUCCAAGGAGAAAAGCAAAUAAAGGUGACAAAGGAAAUAAGCAUGGUUGGCGUGAGAGCGGAGGGAUUGGAAGAGCCUGGAGAGGAGUUGGAGCCGACGAUGCGACGUAUUCCGUUGUUGGAGGAGGAUCGGAAGCCGGGGUUGGCAGUGAGUGGUGCAAUGAUCGACGCAUGGUGUUCGGUCAGUUUGUCGGACUGGGUGGAUUCGCAAUUGUCAGUUCGGCCACCUGCGAUGCCGACGCGAGUGUGUGGUGUGCAGACGGAUGCGGUGUUGCAACCGGAGGGUGUGAGUGCGCUGGUGGACCGGUCGUCGGUGUCGGUGAGCACAUUGGUGGGUGUGUACGGAUCGGAGAGCACAUGGACGCAGACUGCGGAGGCGGAGGUGGAGUCGACGCGUGUGUGGGUUUCGGAUCGUGUGGACGUGACGCAAUUGACGAAGCCGGCGUUGAGCUUGAAAGGUGCUUGCGUGCAAGCCAGUUUGUUGACGUCGCCGCUUGUGGAGGCAGCCCAGCACGUGUUGAUGGAGAUGCGAAGUGGUGUGUCACAGACGCCGAUUGUGUCCGAUACUGGUGUGUCUGAUGCGGAACGUGUGCGCAUGUUGGACGUGUGUACGAGUUACGCGCUGGGUCGAGUUGAAGUGUCGGAUGAGAAGUCCUAUGUGAUGCAUGCGGACAAGCGGUUGUGGUCUGGUCCGCCUCUCAUCGAGGCAUCUACGACGAAUGCGCAGUUCGGUGUUCGCGACAUGCGGUCGGUGUCGGUUGUGGAGCCGACGGAUGCGCGACCUGGUCACUGUUCCACCUGUGGACAACGAUUGUGGAUGGAGACGGAGCGUGGUGAGAUGGCGACGGAUGUGGAUCGCCGCAAACCGGAGUACAUGGAGGCGAGUGUUGGCGCGGACUAUGCGGGUGUGGAAGGGUUGGAGCGUGUAACUGGUGUGGUGAGCAUCGGGCGUGCUGACGGGACAAUGCAGACGAGACCGGUGUUGUCAUAUUAUGUGACGGAUGAGGGCCACAUGGUUGGCGUGAGAGCGGAGGGAUUGGAAGAGCCUGGAGAGGAGUUGGAGCCGACGAUGCGACGUAUUCCGUUGUUGGAGGAGGAUCGGAAGCCGGGAUUGGCAGUGAGUGGUGCAAUGAUCGACGCAUGGUGUUCGGUCAGUUUGUCGGACUGGGUGGAUUCGCAAUUGUCAGUUCGGCCACCUGCGAUGCCGACGCGAGUGUGUGGUGUGCAGACGGAUGCGGUGUUGCAACCGGAGGGUGUGAGUGCGCUGGUGGACCGGUCGUCGGUGUCGGUGAGCACAUUGGUGGGUGUGUACGGAUCGGAGAGCACAUGGACGCAGACUGCGGAGGCGGAGGUGGAGUCGACGCGUGUGUGGGUUUCGGAUCGUGUGGACGUGACGCAAUUGACGAAGCCGGCGUUGAGCUUGAAAGGUGCUUGCGUGCAAGCCAGUUUGUUGACGUCGCCGCUUGUGGAGGCAGCCCAGCACGUGUUGAUGGAGAUGCGAAGUGGUAUGUCACAGACGCCGAUUGUGUCCGAUACUGGUGUGUCUGAUGCGGAACGUGUGCGCAUGUUGGACGUGUGUACGAGUUACGCGCUGGGUCGAGUUGAAGUGUCGGAUGAGAAGUCCUAUGUGAUGCAUGCGGACAAGCGGUUGUGGUCUGGUCCGCCUCUCAUCGAGGCAUCUACGACGAAUGCGCAGUUCGGUGUUCGCGACAUGCGGUCGGUGUCGGUUGUGGAGCCGACGGAUGCGCGACCUGGUCACUGUUCCACCUGUGGACAACGAUUGUGGAUGGAGACGGAGCGUGGUGAGAUGGCGACGGAUGUGGAUCGCCGCAAACCGGAGUACAUGGAGGCGAGUGUUGGCGCGGACUAUGCGGGUGUGGAAGGGUUGGAGCGUGUAACUGGUGUGGUGAGCAUCGGGCGUGCUGACGGGACAAUGCAGACGAGACCGGUGUUGUCAUAUUAUGUGACGGAUGAGGGCCACAUGGUUGGCGUGAGAGCGGAGGGAUUGGAAGAGCCUGGAGAGGAGUUGGAGCCGACGAUGCGACGUAUUCCGUUGUUGGAGGAGGAUCGGAAGCCGGGAUUGGCAGUGAGUGGUGCAAUGAUCGACGCAUGGUGUUCGGUCAGUUUGUCGGACUGGGUGGAUUCGCAAUUGUCAGUUCGGUCACCUGCGAUGCCGACGCGAGUGUGUGGUGUGCAGACGGAUGCGGUGUUGCAACCGGAGGGUGUGAGUGCGCUGGUGGACCGGUCGUCGGUGUCGGUGAGCACAUUGGUGGGUGUGUACGGAUCGGAGAGCACAUGGACGCAGACUGCGGAGGCGGAGGUGGAGUCGACGCGUGUGUGGGUUUCGGAUCGUGUGGACGUGACGCAAUUGACGAAGCCGGCGUUGAGCUUGAAAGGUGCUUGCGUGCAAGCCAGUUUGUUGACGUCGCCGCUUGUGGAGGCAGCCCAGCACGUGUUGAUGGAGAUGCGAAGUGGUAUGUCACAGACGCCGAUUGUGUCCGAUACUGGUGUGUCUGAUGCGGAACGUGUGCGCAUGUUGGACGUGUGUACGAGUUACGCGCUGGGUCGAGUUGAAGUGUCGGAUGAGAAGUCCUAUGUGAUGCAUGCGGACAAGCGGUUGUGGUCUGGUCCGCCUCUCAUCGAGGCAUCUACGACGAAUGCGCAGUUCGGUGUUCGCGACAUGCGGUCGGUGUCGGUUGUGGAGCCGACGGAUGCGCGACCUGGUCACUGUUCCACCUGUGGACAACGAUUGUGGAUGGAGACGGAGCGUGGUGAGAUGGCGACGGAUGUGGAUCGCCGCAAACCGGAGUACAUGGAGGCGAGUGUUGGCGCGGACUAUGCGGGUGUGGAAGGGUUGGAGCGUGUAACUGGUGUGGUGAGCAUCGGGCGUGCUGACGGGACAAUGCAGACGAGACCGGUGUUGUCAUAUUAUGUGACGGAUGAGGGCCACAUGGUUGGCGUGAGAGCGGAGGGAUUGGAAGAGCCUGGAGAGGAGUUGGAGCCGACGAUGCGACGUAUUCCGUUGUUGGAGGAGGAUCGGAAGCCGGGAUUGGCAGUGAGUGGUGCAAUGAUCGACGCAUGGUGUUCGGUCAGUUUGUCGGACUGGGUGGAUUCGCAAUUGUCAGUUCGGCCACCUGCGAUGCCGACGCGAGUGUGUGGUGUGCAGACGGAUGCGGUGUUGCAACCGGAGGGUGUGAGUGCGCUGGUGGACCGGUCGUCGGUGUCGGUGAGCACAUUGGUGGGCGUGUACGGAUCGGAGAGCACAUGGACGCAGACUGCGGAGGCGGAGGUGGAGUCGACGCGUGUGUGGGUUUCGGAUCGUGUGGACGUGACGCAAUUGACGAAGCCGGCGUUGAGCUUGAAAGGUGCUUGCGUGCAAGCCAGUUUGUUGACGUCGCCGCUUGUGGAGGCAGCCCAGCACGUGUUGAUGGAGAUGCGAAGUGGUAUGUCACAGACGCCGAUUGUGUCCGAUACUGGUGUGUCUGAUGCGGAACGUGUGCGCAUGUUGGACGUGUGUACGAGUUACGCGCUGGGUCGAGUUGAAGUGUCGGAUGAGAAGUCCUAUGUGAUGCAUGCGGACAAGCGGUUGUGGUCUGGUCCGCCUCUCAUCGAGGCAUCUACGACGAAUGCGCAGUUCGGUGUUCGCGACAUGCGGUCGGUGUCGGUUGUGGAGCCGACGGAUGCGCGACCUGGUCACUGUUCCACCUGUGGACAACGAUUGUGGAUGGAGACGGAGCGUGGUGAGAUGGCGACGGAUGUGGAUCGCCGCAAACCGGAGUACAUGGAGGCGAGUGUUGGCGCGGACUAUGCGGGUGUGGAAGGGUUGGAGCGUGUAACUGGUGUGGUGAGCAUCGGGCGUGCUGACGGGACAAUGCAGACGAGACCGGUGUUGUCAUAUUAUGUGACGGAUGAGGGCCACAUGGUUGGCGUGAGAGCGGAGGGAUUGGAAGAGCCUGGAGAGGAGUUGGAGCCGACGAUGCGACGUAUUCCGUUGUUGGAGGAGGAUCGGAAGCCGGGGUUGGCAGUGAGUGGUGCAAUGAUCGACGCAUGGUGUUCGGUCAGUUUGUCGGACUGGGUGGAUUCGCAAUUGUCAGUUCGGCCACCUGCGAUGCCGACGCGAGUGUGUGGUGUGCAGACGGAUGCGGUGUUGCAACCGGAGGGUGUGAGUGCGCUGGUGGACCGGUCGUCGGUGUCGGUGAGCACAUUGGUGGGCGUGUACGGCUCGGAGAGCACAUGGACGCAGACUGCGGAGGCGGAGGUGGAGUCGACGCGUGUGUGGGUUUCGGAUCGUGUGGACGUGACGCAAUUGACGAAGCCGGCGUUGAGCUUGAAAGGUGCUUGCGUGCAAGCCAGUUUGUUGACGUCGCCGCUUGUGGAGGCAGCCCAGCACGUGUUGAUGGAGAUGCGAAGUGGUGUGUCACAGACGCCGAUUGUGUCCGAUACUGGUGUGUCUGAUGCGGAACGUGUGCGCAUGUUGGACGUGUGUACGAGUUACGCGCUGGGUCGAGUUGAAGUGUCGGAUGAGAAGUCCUAUGUGAUGCAUGCGGACAAGCGGUUGUGGUCUGGUCCGCCUCUCAUCGAGGCAUCUACGACGAAUGCGCAGUUCGGUGUUCGCGACAUGCGGUCGGUGUCGGUUGUGGAGCCGACGGAUGCGCGACCUGGUCACUGUUCCACCUGUGGACAACGAUUGUGGAUGGAGACGGAGCGUGGUGAGAUGGCGACGGAUGUGGAUCGCCGCAAACCGGAGUACAUGGAGGCGAGUGUUGGCGCGGACUAUGCGGGUGUGGAAGGGUUGGAGCGUGUAACUGGUGUGGUGAGCAUCGGGCGUGCUGACGGGACAAUGCAGACGAGACCGGUGUUGUCAUAUUAUGUGACGGAUGAGGGCCACAUGGUUGGCGUGAGAGCGGAGGGAUUGGAAGAGCCUGGAGAGGAGUUGGAGCCGACGAUGCGACGUAUUCCGUUGUUGGAGGAGGAUCGGAAGCCGGGGUUGGCAGUGAGUGGUGCAAUGAUCGACGCAUGGUGUUCGGUCAGUUUGUCGGACUGGGUGGAUUCGCAAUUGUCAGUUCGGCCACCUGCGAUGCCGACGCGAGUGUGUGGUGUGCAGACGGAUGCGGUGUUGCAACCGGAGGGUGUGAGUGCGCUGGUGGACCGGUCGUCGGUGUCGGUGAGCACAUUGGUGGGCGUGUACGGCUCGGAGAGCACAUGGACGCAGACUGCGGAGGCGGAGGUGGAGUCGACGCGUGUGUGGGUUUCGGAUCGUGUGGACGUGACGCAAUUGACGAAGCCGGCGUUGAGCUUGAAAGGUGCUUGCGUGCAAGCCAGUUUGUUGACGUCGCCGCUUGUGGAGGCAGCCCAGCACGUGUUGAUGGAGAUGCGAAGUGGUGUGUCACAGACGCCGAUUGUGUCCGAUACUGGUGUGUCUGAUGCGGAACGUGUGCGCAUGUUGGACGUGUGUACGAGUUACGCGCUGGGUCGAGUUGAAGUGUCGGAUGAGAAGUCCUAUGUGAUGCAUGCGGACAAGCGGUUGUGGUCUGGUCCGCCUCUCAUCGAGGCAUCUACGACGAAUGCGCAGUUCGGUGUUCGCGACAUGCGGUCGGUGUCGGUUGUGGAGCCGACGGAUGCGCGACCUGGUCACUGUUCCACCUGUGGACAACGAUUGUGGAUGGAGACGGAGCGUGGUGAGAUGGCGACGGAUGUGGAUCGCCGCAAACCGGAGUACAUGGAGGCGAGUGUUGGCGCGGACUAUGCGGGUGUGGAAGGGUUGGAGCGUGUAACUGGUGUGGUGAGCAUCGGGCGUGCUGACGGGACAAUGCAGACGAGACCGGUGUUGUCAUAUUAUGUGACGGAUGAGGGCCACAUGGUUGGCGUGAGAGCGGAGGGAUUGGAAGAGCCUGGAGAGGAGUUGGAGCCGACGAUGCGACGUAUUCCGUUGUUGGAGGAGGAUCGGAAGCCGGGAUUGGCAGUGAGUGGUGCAAUGAUCGACGCAUGGUGUUCGGUCAGUUUGUCGGACUGGGUGGAUUCGCAAUUGUCAGUUCGGCCACCUGCGAUGCCGACGCGAGUGUGUGGUGUGCAGACGGAUGCGGUGUUGCAACCGGAGGGUGUGAGUGCGCUGGUGGACCGGUCGUCGGUGUCGGUGAGCACAUUGGUGGGCGUGUACGGCUCGGAGAGCACAUGGACGCAGACUGCGGAGGCGGAGGUGGAGUCGACGCGUGUGUGGGUUUCGGAUCGUGUGGACGUGACGCAAUUGACGAAGCCGGCGUUGAGCUUGAAAGGUGCUUGCGUGCAAGCCAGUUUGUUGACGUCGCCGCUUGUGGAGGCAGCCCAGCACGUGUUGAUGGAGAUGCGAAGUGGUGUGUCACAGACGCCGAUUGUGUCCGAUACUGGUGUGUCUGAUGCGGAACGUGUGCGCAUGUUGGACGUGUGUACGAGUUACGCGCUGGGUCGAGUUGAAGUGUCGGAUGAGAAGUCCUAUGUGAUGCAUGCGGACAAGCGGUUGUGGUCUGGUCCGCCUCUCAUCGAGGCAUCUACGACGAAUGCGCAGUUCGGUGUUCGCGACAUGCGGUCGGUGUCGGUUGUGGAGCCGACGGAUGCGCGACCUGGUCACUGUUCCACCUGUGGACAACGAUUGUGGAUGGAGACGGAGCGUGGUGAGAUGGCGACGGAUGUGGAUCGCCGCAAACCGGAGUACAUGGAGGCGAGUGUUGGCGCGGACUAUGCGGGUGUGGAAGGGUUGGAGCGUGUAACUGGUGUGGUGAGCAUCGGGCGUGCUGACGGGACAAUGCAGACGAGACCGGUGUUGUCAUAUUAUGUGACGGAUGAGGGCCACAUGGUUGGCGUGAGAGCGGAGGGAUUGGAAGAGCCUGGAGAGGAGUUGGAGCCGACGAUGCGACGUAUUCCGUUGUUGGAGGAGGAUCGGAAGCCGGGGUUGGCAGUGAGUGGUGCACUGAUCGACGCAUGGUGUUCGGUCAGUUUGUCGGACUGGGUGGAUUCGCAAUUGUCAGUUCGGCCACCUGCGAUGCCGACGCGAGUGUGUGGUGUGCAGACGGAUGCGGUGUUGCAACCGGAGGGUGUGAGUGCGCUGGUGGACCGGUCGUCGGUGUCGGUGAGCACAUUGGUGGGCGUGUACGGCUCGGAGAGCACAUGGACGCAGACUGCGGAGGCGGAGGUGGAGUCGACGCGUGUGUGGGUUUCGGAUCGUGUGGACGUGACGCAAUUGACGAAGCCGGCGUUGAGCUUGAAAGGUGCUUGCGUGCAAGCCAGUUUGUUGACGUCGCCGCUUGUGGAGGCAGCCCAGCACGUGUUGAUGGAGAUGCGAAGUGGUGUGUCACAGACGCCGAUUGUGUCCGAUACUGGUGUGUCUGAUGCGGAACGUGUGCGCAUGUUGGACGUGUGUACGAGUUACGCGCUGGGUCGAGUUGAAGUGUCGGAUGAGAAGUCCUAUGUGAUGCAUGCGGACAAGCGGUUGUGGUCUGGUCCGCCUCUCAUCGAGGCAUCUACGACGAAUGCGCAGUUCGGUGUUCGCGACAUGCGGUCGGUGUCGGUUGUGGAGCCGACGGAUGCGCGACCUGGUCACUGUUCCACCUGUGGACAACGAUUGUGGAUGGAGACGGAGCGUGGUGAGAUGGCGACGGAUGUGGAUCGCCGCAAACCGGAGUACAUGGAGGCGAGUGUUGGCGCGGACUAUGCGGGUGUGGAAGGGUUGGAGCGUGUAACUGGUGUGGUGAGCAUCGGGCGUGCUGACGGGACAAUGCAGACGAGACCGGUGUUGUCAUAUUAUGUGACGGAUGAGGGCCACAUGGUUGGCGUGAGAGCGGAGGGAUUGGAAGAGCCUGGAGAGGAGUUGGAGCCGACGAUGCGACGUAUUCCGUUGUUGGAGGAGGAUCGGAAGCCGGGGUUGGCAGUGAGUGGUGCAAUGAUCGACGCAUGGUGUUCGGUCAGUUUGUCGGACUGGGUGGAUUCGCAAUUGUCAGUUCGGCCACCUGCGAUGCCGACGCGAGUGUGUGGUGUGCAGACGGAUGCGGUGUUGCAACCGGAGGGUGUGAGUGCGCUGGUGGACCGGUCGUCGGUGUCGGUGAGCACAUUGGUGGGCGUGUACGGCUCGGAGAGCACAUGGACGCAGACUGCGGAGGCGGAGGUGGAGUCGACGCGUGUGUGGGUUUCGGAUCGUGUGGACGUGACGCAAUUGACGAAGCCGGCGUUGAGCUUGAAAGGUGCUUGCGUGCAAGCCAGUUUGUUGACGUCGCCGCUUGUGGAGGCAGCCCAGCACGUGUUGAUGGAGAUGCGAAGUGGUGUGUCACAGACGCCGAUUGUGUCCGAUACUGGUGUGUCUGAUGCGGAACGUGUGCGCAUGUUGGACGUGUGUACGAGUUACGCGCUGGGUCGAGUUGAAGUGUCGGAUGAGAAGUCCUAUGUGAUGCAUGCGGACAAGCGGUUGUGGUCUGGUCCGCCUCUCAUCGAGGCAUCUACGACGAAUGCGCAGUUCGGUGUUCGCGACAUGCGGUCGGUGUCGGUUGUGGAGCCGACGGAUGCGCGACCUGGUCACUGUUCCACCUGUGGACAACGAUUGUGGAUGGAGACGGAGCGUGGUGAGAUGGCGACGGAUGUGGAUCGCCGCAAACCGGAGUACAUGGAGGCGAGUGUUGGCGCGGACUAUGCGGGUGUGGAAGGGUUGGAGCGUGUAACUGGUGUGGUGAGCAUCGGGCGUGCUGACGGGACAAUGCAGACGAGACCGGUGUUGUCAUAUUAUGUGACGGAUGAGGGCCACAUGGUUGGCGUGAGAGCGGAGGGAUUGGAAGAGCCUGGAGAGGAGUUGGAGCCGACGAUGCGACGUAUUCCGUUGUUGGAGGAGGAUCGGAAGCCGGGGUUGGCAGUGAGUGGUGCAAUGAUCGACGCAUGGUGUUCGGUCAGUUUGUCGGACUGGGUGGAUUCGCAAUUGUCAGUUCGGCCACCUGCGAUGCCGACGCGAGUGUGUGGUGUGCAGACGGAUGCGGUGUUGCAACCGGAGGGUGUGAGUGCGCUGGUGGACCGGUCGUCGGUGUCGGUGAGCACAUUGGUGGGCGUGUACGGCUCGGAGAGCACAUGGACGCAGACUGCGGAGGCGGAGGUGGAGUCGACGCGUGUGUGGGUUUCGGAUCGUGUGGACGUGACGCAAUUGACGAAGCCGGCGUUGAGCUUGAAAGGUGCUUGCGUGCAAGCCAGUUUGUUGACGUCGCCGCUUGUGGAGGCAGCCCAGCACGUGUUGAUGGAGAUGCGAAGUGGUGUGUCACAGACGCCGAUUGUGUCCGAUACUGGUGUGUCUGAUGCGGAACGUGUGCGCAUGUUGGACGUGUGUACGAGUUACGCGCUGGGUCGAGUUGAAGUGUCGGAUGAGAAGUCCUAUGUGAUGCAUGCGGACAAGCGGUUGUGGUCUGGUCCGCCUCUCAUCGAGGCAUCUACGACGAAUGCGCAGUUCGGUGUUCGCGACAUGCGGUCGGUGUCGGUUGUGGAGCCGACGGAUGCGCGACCUGGUCACUGUUCCACCUGUGGACAACGAUUGUGGAUGGAGACGGAGCGUGGUGAGAUGGCGACGGAUGUGGAUCGCCGCAAACCGGAGUACAUGGAGGCGAGUGUUGGCGCGGACUAUGCGGGUGUGGAAGGGUUGGAGCGUGUAACUGGUGUGGUGAGCAUCGGGCGUGCUGACGGGACAAUGCAGACGAGACCGGUGUUGUCAUAUUAUGUGACGGAUGAGGGCCACAUGGUUGGCGUGAGAGCGGAGGGAUUGGAAGAGCCUGGAGAGGAGUUGGAGCCGACGAUGCGACGUAUUCCGUUGUUGGAGGAGGAUCGGAAGCCGGGGUUGGCAGUGAGUGGUGCAAUGAUCGACGCAUGGUGUUCGGUCAGUUUGUCGGACUGGGUGGAUUCGCAAUUGUCAGUUCGGCCACCUGCGAUGCCGACGCGAGUGUGUGGUGUGCAGACGGAUGCGGUGUUGCAACCGGAGGGUGUGAGUGCGCUGGUGGACCGGUCGUCGGUGUCGGUGAGCACAUUGGUGGGCGUGUACGGCUCGGAGAGCACAUGGACGCAGACUGCGGAGGCGGAGGUGCAGUCGACGCGUGUGUGGGUUUCGGAUCGUGUGGACGUGACGCAAUUGACGAAGCCGGCGUUGAGCUUGAAAGGUGCUUGCGUGCAAGCCAGUUUGUUGACGUCGCCGCUUGUGGAGGCAGCCCAGCACGUGUUGAUGGAGAUGCGAAGUGGUGUGUCACAGACGCCGAUUGUGUCCGAUACUGGUGUGUCUGAUGCGGAACGUGUGCGCAUGUUGGACGUGUGUACGAGUUACGCGCUGGGUCGAGUUGAAGUGUCGGAUGAGAAGUCCUAUGUGAUGCAUGCGGACAAGCGGUUGUGGUCUGGUCCGCCUCUCAUCGAGGCAUCUACGACGAAUGCGCAGUUCGGUGUUCGCGACAUGCGGUCGGUGUCGGUUGUGGAGCCGACGGAUGCGCGACCUGGUCACUGUUCCACCUGUGGACAACGAUUGUGGAUGGAGACGGAGCGUGGUGAGAUGGCGACGGAUGUGGAUCGCCGCAAACCGGAGUACAUGGAGGCGAGUGUUGGCGCGGACUAUGCGGGUGUGGAAGGGUUGGAGCGUGUAACUGGUGUGGUGAGCAUCGGGCGUGCUGACGGGACAAUGCAGACGAGACCGGUGUUGUCAUAUUAUGUGACGGAUGAGGGCCACAUGGUUGGCGUGAGAGCGGAGGGAUUGGAAGAGCCUGGAGAGGAGUUGGAGCCGACGAUGCGACGUAUUCCGUUGUUGGAGGAGGAUCGGAAGCCGGGGUUGGCAGUGAGUGGUGCAAUGAUCGACGCAUGGUGUUCGGUCAGUUUGUCGGACUGGGUGGAUUCGCAAUUGUCAGUUCGGCCACCUGCGAUGCCGACGCGAGUGUGUGGUGUGCAGACGGAUGCGGUGUUGCAACCGGAGGGUGUGAGUGCGCUGGUGGACCGGUCGUCGGUGUCGGUGAGCACAUUGGUGGGCGUGUACGGCUCGGAGAGCACAUGGACGCAGACUGCGGAGGCGGAGGUGGAGUCGACGCGUGUGUGGGUUUCGGAUCGUGUGGACGUGACGCAAUUGACGAAGCCGGCGUUGAGCUUGAAAGGUGCUUGCGUGCAAGCCAGUUUGUUGACGUCGCCGCUUGUGGAGGCAGCCCAGCACGUGUUGAUGGAGAUGCGAAGUGGUGUGUCACAGACGCCGAUUGUGUCCGAUACUGGUGUGUCUGAUGCGGAACGUGUGCGCAUGUUGGACGUGUGUACGAGUUACGCGCUGGGUCGAGUUGAAGUGUCGGAUGAGAAGUCCUAUGUGAUGCAUGCGGACAAGCGGUUGUGGUCUGGUCCGCCUCUCAUCGAGGCAUCUACGACGAAUGCGCAGUUCGGUGUUCGCGACAUGCGGUCGGUGUCGGUUGUGGAGCCGACGGAUGCGCGACCUGGUCACUGUUCCACCUGUGGACAACGAUUGUGGAUGGAGACGGAGCGUGGUGAGAUGGCGACGGAUGUGGAUCGCCGCAAACCGGAGUACAUGGAGGCGAGUGUUGGCGCGGACUAUGCGGGUGUGGAAGGGUUGGAGCGUGUAACUGGUGUGGUGAGCAUCGGGCGUGCUGACGGGACAAUGCAGACGAGACCGGUGUUGUCAUAUUAUGUGACGGAUGAGGGCCACAUGGUUGGCGUGAGAGCGGAGGGAUUGGAAGAGCCUGGAGAGGAGUUGGAGCCGACGAUGCGACGUAUUCCGUUGUUGGAGGAGGAUCGGAAGCCGGGGUUGGCAGUGAGUGGUGCAAUGAUCGACGCAUGGUGUUCGGUCAGUUUGUCGGACUGGGUGGAUUCGCAAUUGUCAGUUCGGCCACCUGCGAUGCCGACGCGAGUGUGUGGUGUGCAGACGGAUGCGGUGUUGCAACCGGAGGGUGUGAGUGCGCUGGUGGACCGGUCGUCGGUGUCGGUGAGCACAUUGGUGGGCGUGUACGGCUCGGAGAGCACAUGGACGCAGACUGCGGAGGCGGAGGUGGAGUCGACGCGUGUGUGGGUUUCGGAUCGUGUGGACGUGACGCAAUUGACGAAGCCGGCGUUGAGCUUGAAAGGUGCUUGCGUGCAAGCCAGUUUGUUGACGUCGCCGCUUGUGGAGGCAGCCCAGCACGUGUUGAUGGAGAUGCGAAGUGGUGUGUCACAGACGCCGAUUGUGUCCGAUACUGGUGUGUCUGAUGCGGAACGUGUGCGCAUGUUGGACGUGUGUACGAGUUACGCGCUGGGUCGAGUUGAAGUGUCGGAUGAGAAGUCCUAUGUGAUGCAUGCGGACAAGCGGUUGUGGUCUGGUCCGCCUCUCAUCGAGGCAUCUACGACGAAUGCGCAGUUCGGUGUUCGCGACAUGCGGUCGGUGUCGGUUGUGGAGCCGACGGAUGCGCGACCUGGUCACUGUUCCACCUGUGGACAACGAUUGUGGAUGGAGACGGAGCGUGGUGAGAUGGCGACGGAUGUGGAUCGCCGCAAACCGGAGUACAUGGAGGCGAGUGUUGGCGCGGACUAUGCGGGUGUGGAAGGGUUGGAGCGUGUAACUGGUGUGGUGAGCAUCGGGCGUGCUGACGGGACAAUGCAGACGAGACCGGUGUUGUCAUAUUAUGUGACGGAUGAGGGCCACAUGGUUGGCGUGAGAGCGGAGGGAUUGGAAGAGCCUGGAGAGGAGUUGGAGCCGACGAUGCGACGUAUUCCGUUGUUGGAGGAGGAUCGGAAGCCGGGAUUGGCAGUGAGUGGUGCACUGAUCGACGCAUGGUGUUCGGUCAGUUUGUCGGACUGGGUGGAUUCGCAAUUGUCAGUUCGGCCACCUGCGAUGCCGACGCGAGUGUGUGGUGUGCAGACGGAUGCGGUGUUGCAACCGGAGGGUGUGAGUGCGCUGGUGGACCGGUCGUCGGUGUCGGUGAGCACAUUGGUGGGCGUGUACGGAUCGGAGAGCACAUGGACGCAGACUGCGGAGGCGGAGGUGGAGUCGACGCGUGUGUGGGUUUCGGAUCGUGUGGACGUGACGCAAUUGACGAAGCCGGCGUUGAGCUUGAAAGGUGCUUGCGUGCAAGCCAGUUUGUUGACGUCGCCGCUUGUGGAGGCAGCCCAGCACGUGUUGAUGGAGAUGCGAAGUGGUGUGUCACAGACGCCGAUUGUGUCCGAUACUGGUGUGUCUGAUGCGGAACGUGUGCGCAUGUUGGACGUGUGUACGAGUUACGCGCUGGGUCGAGUUGAAGUGUCGGAUGAGAAGUCCUAUGUGAUGCAUGCGGACAAGCGGUUGUGGUCUGGUCCGCCUCUCAUCGAGGCAUCUACGACGAAUGCGCAGUUCGGUGUUCGCGACAUGCGGUCGGUGUCGGUUGUGGAGCCGACGGAUGCGCGACCUGGUCACUGUUCCACCUGUGGACAACAUUUGUUUUGGGAACCUUUUUCUGGUUCUUUGAUGGCUGAAGUUUUCCCUGUUUUUUCUUCUAGGUGUGUUACGGGUUCUUCUAGUUUCUUUGAUUUGUCUCUUAAGCUUUCUUCUUCUCUCGAUAUAUCCACAUUUGCUGAUUUUUCGUGCGAUACUUCGUUUCUGGUUGUUAGGAAACAUUUCGGUUCUCAAUAUUCUUUUGUUCCUGACUCUUACGAUGUUGGUGUCCUUGCUUGCUGCUCUUCUUCUGACUUUGGUUCUCAAUUUUAUGGCCCGGCUUUUGUUUCUUCGGAUGCCUCUGAUGUUCGUGAUUUUUCUUUUUUGUUUUAUGAGGACCAUAUUUUGCACGAUUUCCACGAACGCCAUGUUGAACACUUCUUUGUGCCAUCCACUGUUUCUUCCACUGCUGCCUCUGAUUUCUCUUGUCAGUUUUCUCCUGAAUGUGUUUUCCGUUCUCUGUCCUUCUCUGAUCGUGUCCGAAAUCUUUUUUGUAUUCGAAGUGAAUAUUUUGAUUGCUUGAAUUAUGAAGUCUAUCAACACUUACUUGCUCACGGCAUAGUUUCGGAAGCGGCAUGCCUGUUUUCAGGCGAUUACCGUUCAUCCCCUGAUUUGCCUUCCCGCCUUAUCAUGCCCGAAUGUUAUACUCAAACCGACCAGUUUGAAUCCUACUCGUUUUUGUGCGAGUUUGAAACCACCGAACUCUGUCAGUCUGAAACUUCUAGUUCUUCUAAUUAUCCCUUGUACAUGUCUCGGCGAACGCAGGGCUACUUGCGUGAAAUCGGUUGCAUGGCUCAGGAUACUUCUAAGACUGUUGCUGAUAUCGGUGUGCAGGUAGUGACAACUGUGCGGGAUUCGGAAAGUCUACCUGUCUCAUCAGUGCGACGUCUAGGCACACCCACUUAUGAUUUGAAUGCCUAUGACACUUACCUUCUGCGAAAUCGUCUGGGCCAGAUUCGUGAUGAGCAGGUUUCCUUUUCACCACCAGUUGAUUCUGUGCCUGUCCAAACAGAACCUGCGAUGGACCAGUUGGGUGGAAUUUUUGGAUCUGCGGAAAUUUAUCAUCAAAAGCUUUUGAGAGAUGAGCUUCUGGAGGUUGGAAUUCAGUGCAAUGGGGACUCUUCUCCUGACAAUUGGAAGGAUUUCUCCGCUUACUUUGAGGACAGGAGCAUAGAGGAGCACUACUUAGAAGUCACCAAAAAACGAAAAAAGCGGUUCUUAAGUGAAGUAACGGAAGAAAUCCCAACCGAAGCUGAACUUGUAAUGUGCGACGCAGAUAUACAAACUGAUUCGGAUUCUAUGAAAUUAGCUUCUUUUGGAAGAUGGAAAGAGAGCCGUAUAAUGUCACGCUGCCGUCAAGUCCAAACUGAACCCAUUCGUUUGAGGCAAAUCCGCUCAUCAUCCGAACUUUGUUGGGCUGAUACGGAGUUGUUUAAUGUAAUCCUUGUCGGUAUCAAUGCCACUCACGCUCGGGAAAAUGUGCUGGGCAUACAUAGCCCCCCAGAUCUGACAGUCCCAAUUCUGUCAGACCACGCGUCCUUCUUGGCCGAGCAACUCAACCACAAGACGGCAAAAGCUGCCAGUUGUCAAACGAUUUCCGAUGAUCAAGAAACACAACACAUUGAACCACAAUCUUGGACCGAAGGAUUUGGCUCACAAUCGCACUGGUCAGAAAGGCUCCAGAGAGGUUACCGUGAAGUUGAAGAUGCAGACUAUUCCACUAUUCGCGACGAAUACACACAUGCGCAGCCGGCCAUAAUUGUCCAGUUACGUCAACGAACCUGUCAGUAUGAAUUGCUUCGGACAAAUAUGAGACAACCAGAAGGGAUGUGGAACAGUAUUCGUGAGGUUCAGAGUCCCACCACGAAUUUCUUCGCCCCGGUUGGAUUAGCGAUCAGGCGAGGUUGGAUAAGGCUGGGCGAUCAGAAUGAGUACGUAGACCCGUCCACUGGAGAUUCAAUUCCCCUAGAAACAGCGUACCGAAUGGGUCGAAUUCGCUUAGCAACUGCUCACGCAGACACCGCAGCGGUGAUGGACGAAGGUAUGUCGGUUACACUGCUGAUAGAGAGAAUUUACUUCGGUUGGCGAAAAGCCAAGAUCAUCAGUGUCAUUGACACUGCCAAAGGAGAUAUGUUGCUUCCAGAGGCUGCUGUCUUUGAAGGCGUACUAGAAGUAUGCGGUGACGAGAUACGAUUCUUGGAUACAAUGACCAAUACAUGGUUAACCAUCGAGGAGGCUGUCGGCAGGCAAAUGAUCCAAGUGGUGGCUGUGGACUCUUCUAGUGAUUCAAGUUCCAGCGAGGAAGAAGAACCUGCCACUUGUCGCGUGUACCAGGUUACACAUAUCUGUCCAGGUGGAGAGGAUGUCCUCUGGAUGACAACAACAGAAGCUACGCGGCUUGGAUUAUUCAACGGUGAGACAGGUGAUAUUGCAGCUGAUUGGCCAGGUAGGCCAUCGUUACAUCUUCUGGACGCGAUCGAUUCUCGGCAAGCAUUAAAUGUUGUCCCCACAAAAUGGUUCUCUUUCCUGACGGCUAGACACUCUGGUUGGAUACGACUUGUUCGAGAAUGUGAUCCUCAAAGAUGGAUUGUAACUUAUUCGAUGCAACAAUCAGAACCAGGCGCAGUCCUAUUAUCCAGACAGAUUAAUUUGGUAGCCUACACGAAUGUUGUUGAAUCUGAUGAUUUCUCCGAAAGCUCUGACCAAAGUUUUACCCGCUGGCAGCAGUCACGAUCCAAUGGGAUGUGUACUACGGGGUUGACCACUGAAGAACCUGCGGUACAUAGGCGUUAUUCCGCCUCCAUGUCCUCAUCCUUCUUUAACAAAAGCACCAGCCAGUUUCCAAUUCGCAACACAGAACACUUAGAAACUGAGCAUAUCAGCUACAGUAUGCGAAAAAGCGAACUUAGCCGUCCACCUUAUGCUACAUCAGAAUUCCAGGCAGAUAGCCACACGACAUCUUCGAGUUCCGGGUCUCCAGAGUAAGACUCGAGAACUUGAUUUAUUGUAGAGUGUAUUUAUCUUUCCAUAGCAAUAUCCAAUGUGUUUUCUUUAUAUCGACUAGAAACUUCGUCAGUCCUGGUAAAGAAUGCUUCAGUACUUUAGACGAAUCUAUUGAGGGGAGCUCAUUCAGUUUCUUUUUCGACUAACCACUUUUCGACAGCCCCCUGCGCAUAACACAUUAACUAAAAAUAGCUACAACAUUAGCGAUUGGCGCCUUUUCAUCGUUCUUAGUUGCUCGCCCCUUGUGUUAAGAAUCAUCACUUCCAUUACUUUUUGAAGACUGCCAAAUAAGACGAGUGAUGCUAGGUCUUUUUCUCCCAAACUUUUUAUACACUCGGAAAUUCUGUCAAAUAUAUACUCUUUUUAUUCUCUUGUCUAUUGAACCCAAGCCAUUUGUGUACUGCAAUACAAUCGAUUCGUCCCAUCC